GUGCAGCUGCAUAGGCACACACAUCGGCUACCGUAGCACUCAAGAGCAGCAGAUACAGAGAGCUACCAACAAUGGCUAGGAAGGAUGUUGCUUCCAUGUUUGCUGUUGCUCUCUUCAUUGGAGCGUUCGCUGCUGUUCCUACGAGUGUGCAAUCCAUCGGCGUGUGCUACGGCGUGAUCGGCAACAACCUCCCCUCCCGGAGCGACGUGGUGCAGCUCUACAGGUCCAAGGGCAUCAACGGCAUGCGCAUCUACUUCGCCGACGGGCAGGCCCUCUCGGCGCUCCGCAACUCCGGCAUCGGCCUUAUCCUCGACAUCGGCAACGACCAGCUCGCCAACAUCGCCGCCAGCACAUCCAACGCGGCGUCCUGGGUCCAGAACAACGUGCGGCCCUACUACCCGGCCGUGAACAUCAAGUACAUCGCCGCCGGCAACGAGGUCCAGGGCGGUGCCACGCAGAGCAUCGUCCCAGCCAUGCGGAACCUCAACGCGGCCCUCUCCGCCGCAGGCCUCGGCGCCAUCAAGGUGUCGACCUCGAUCCGGUUCGACGCGGUGGCCAACUCCUUCCCGCCCUCCGCCGGUGUGUUCGCGCAGUCGUACAUGACGGACGUGGCCCGGCUCCUGGCGAGCACCGGCGCGCCGCUGCUGGCCAACGUGUACCCCUACUUCGCGUACCGCGACAACCCGCGGGACAUCAGCCUGAACUACGCGACGUUCCAGCCGGGCACCAGCGUGCGUGACCAGAACAACGGGCUGACAUACACGAGCCUGUUCGACGCGAUGGUGGACGCCGUGUACGCGGCGCUGGAGAAGGCCGGCGCGCCGGGCGUGAAGGUGGUGAUCUCCGAGAGCGGGUGGCCGUCGGCGGGCGGGUUCGCGGCGUCGGCGGACAACGCGCGGACGUACAACCAGGGGCUGAUCAACCACGUCGGCGGGGGCACGCCCAAGAAGCGGGAGGCGCUGGAGACGUACAUCUUCGCCAUGUUCAACGAGAACCAGAAGACCGGGGACGCCACGGAGAGGAGCUUCGGGCUCUUCAACCCGGACAAGUCGCCGGCCUACAACAUCCAGUUCUAACUAGCUAUCUCUUAUACCAUACCUACAUCUUCAUCCUAAAUAAAUAAGCUGUACGUACGUACGUAAUGCGGCAUCCAAGUGUAACGGGCACGUACGUUGACACGUACUACAUGUACAUUCAUCCAUGGAAGAGCGCAAUGCAACCAUGCAUGCGUUAACUUCCUGGCGAUGAUACGUAAUCAUAUGAUGCAUGAUGAAUAAAGAGAUGGAAGCAGUUAUGAAUUUGU